CACAGGGACUGCAGUCCUUUUAUCCAUCACCAUGAGAAUCGAAAACUGUUUUUUCUGCAGUCGCCCGACAUACCCCAGCAAAGGCAUCACCUUUGUGCGGAACGAUGCCAAGGCAUUCCGAUUCUGCCGGUCCAAGUGCCAGCGGGCCUUCACGAAGAAGCGCCAGGCCCGUAAGGUGAAGUGGACGAAGAUCUCGCGCCAGCAAGCCGGCAAGGAGAUGACGGUCGACCGCACGCUGCAGUUCUCCGCCCGCCGCAACGUCCCCACCCGGUACAACCGCCAGCUCGUGGCGCAGACCCUGCACGCCAUGGAGCGCGUCACCGAGAUCCGCACCCGCCGCGAGCGCGUCUUCUACAAGAAGCGCAUGGCCGGCAAGCGCGCCCGCGAGAACGCGGAGAACUUCAAGCUCGUCGCCGAGCACGAGAACCUGCUGCCCCGCGAGCUGCGCAGCACGGCCCAGACCGACGGCCAGACCUCGACCCAGACUGCGGCGCCGGCCAAGGUCGCCCGUGCCCAGAAGCAGAAGCUGCGUGCGAGAGUCGACGGCGGUGUCGAUGUGGAUAUGGAUAUGGAUUGAGUUGGUCCUUUCGUUGUGGAAGGGGGCGGGAAAAUGUGGAUUCCUACUGCGUUGGUUUGAUACCUGAUCUUAUGGGCGUUGUGAUUGCUUUUUCCUUAUUUAUGAGGGAGUCGUGUCAUGAAAAUUCUAGCAGAUUUUUCGUUUUUAAUUUUUUCUAGUGGUUAUGGGUUUGUUUCCUGUGAAGAUACUACCUUGUCUCGACUAUAUCGGGAUGAGUGUUCAAUCAAAA